UUUCACGGCCAAAACGAAGGGGCGGAAAACUGAACUUCAGAACCCCGCUAUUCCUGUGCUGCACCGCGAUUUGAAAUUCAAGGAAUUAAAAAACCCACGUAUUCUAUUUCUUGGGCUCCUUCCAGAGCCCCCUCUCUCUCUCUUGGUGUUUAACUUGUUCCCCUAUUCCGGGAUUGCUUGCUCUGUGUCAACAGCGAAACCGAUAUAAUAAGGAUGGCAGGGAGACAUCGUAUGCCUUGCCACCUUGUGAAUAAUGGUGGGGGUCCGCGAGGCUUCAACCCCAACAUGCAUGAGGGGCUCCCUCCCAUUGCCCGUGGGCCACUCCGGCCCCACCUCAUUUCCAUAGAGGAGGAGCUCGAGGUCCAACACCAAGAGAUCCGCAGGCUUGUCCAGGAGAACCACUACUUGGGUGAAGACAACCACCUCUUGGAACGUGAGCUCACAGCUGCAAAGGAAGAGAUACACGUCCUAAGCCAAGUUGUGCCAAAACUAAGGGCCGAGAAGGAGAUGCAAACACGAGACCUGAUCCAAAAGGGUUUGAAGCUCGAGGCUGAUCUUAGGAAAAUGGAGCCCCUUAAAGGAGAAGUGAUACAGUUGCAUGCUGAGGCUGGUAAAUUGAAUGCAUCGCGUCAGGAGAUGAAUGCUCGGGUGCAAGCUCUCUCAGGGGACUUGGCAAGGAUACAAGUUGAGAACCAACAGGUACCUAUGUUGAGGGCUGAGCUCAAUGGUUUGCGCCAGGAGCUUGUGAGAGCCAGGACAGCGUUUGAAUAUGAGAAGGCGGAAAAUGUUGAGCUAAUGGAGCAGAGUCAGGCAACGGAAAAGAACCUUGUGUCCAUGGCACAUGAAGUUGAGAAGCUGCAGGCUGAGCAUGACAAUGUCAAAAAGAGACCAUGGGCUCCAGGUGGGGGUUACAGGGUGAUGAAAGGGAGCCCAGAUAGGGGAUUUCCAGGAGCAUACGGCGAUGAUGGAAGGUACAGUCGGGAGAAGGGUCCUCCUGCAUAUAGCACUAGUUCUUGGGGACCUUACGAGAAGCGUGGCCUCCCUCGACACUGAAGCUGCCCCCCAUACCUGACUUCUAUUUCUUCGGAUUAGAAGUUUGAUAAUAGUUUCAUAGAGGAUAUAAGAGUGUUUCAUUUCGAUGGUUUGUUUUAGGUUGGGGUUACAGAAUGAUGAAAGGGAGCCCAGAUAGGGAAUUUCCAGGAGCAUACGGCGAUGAUGGAAGGUACAGUCGGGAGAAGGGUCCUCCUGCAUAUAGCACUGGUUCUUGGGGACCUUACGAGAAGCAUGGCCUCCCUUGACACUGAAGCUGCCCCCCAUACCUGACUUCUAUUUCUUCGGAUUAGCGUAUCUUUUUUUUGAUCUCUUCUUGUGUUUCUUGAGAAUGUAGUUUUUGCUAACGAGUUCUUAUUGAAACCUGUUGACAUAACUGCCUUACACAUUUGUUUGCUGACGAGUUCUUAUUGAAACCUGUUGACAUAACUGCCUUACACAUUUGUUUCC